AUGGCGCCCUCCCCUCUGAAUCUUCUGCUCCUCGGAGCAGUUCUUUCCCAAAGCACAGCCAGUGUCAUCAGCCCAAGACAACGAGUCCCUGAUGGGUUCGUUGCCAAAUCAGUCUACCCUACACCGCAUGGUGGCUGGGACCGUGACUGGGUAGACAGCUACGAACGCGCCAAAGCUAUCGUUGACCAGAUGACUCUGGCCGAAAAGACCAACAUUACUUCCGGCAGCGGUUGGUGGAUGGGUGAUGGAGCCACUGGCGUCAACCAAGUUGAUAAUGUCACCGCGUUCCCGCCUGGCAUCACCACAGGCGCCACUUGGGACAAAGACCUCAUCUACCGUCGUGCCGUCGCCCUCGGGAAAGAGUUUCGCGGCAAGGGUGUCAACGUCUGGUUAGGGCCCAGUGUUGGUCCCCUGGGCCGCAAGCCCAAAGGCGGUCGUAACUGGGAGGGCUUCGGCUCGGACCCCGUGCUUCAGGCCAAGGCUGGCGCCCUGUCGAUCAAAGGUGUUCAGGAGCAAGGUGUCAUCGCCACGAUCAAGCAUCUGAUCGGAAACGAACAGGAAAUGUACCGAAUGUAUAACCCUUUGCAGCAGGGUCUGAGCGCGAAUAUUGACGACCGAACCUUGCAUGAGAUCUACCUUUGGCCGUUUGCCGAGGGCAUUCGUGCAGGCUCCGGCGCCGUCAUGACAGCCUACAACGCGGUCAAUGGUUCUGCAAGCGUGCACAACAGCCAGAUGAUCAAUGGCGUUCUGAAGAAUGAGCUGGGCUUUCAGGGGUUCGUCAUGAGCGAUUGGUUUUCGCAAAUGUCUGGUGUCGACGCUGCAAUUGCGGGCCUCGAUAUGGCCAUGCCUGGAGAUACCCAAGUGCCCCUGUUCGGUUACAGCUACUGGAUGUACGACUUGACCCGCUCCGUCCUGAAUGGCUCAGUUCCCAUGGAUCGUCUGAACGACAUGACCACGCGCAUCGUCGCGACAUGGCUCAAGUUCGGACAAGACGAGGGCUUUCCUAAGGUCAACUUCCAUCUGCUGUCCAACGAUGCUGUGGGAGAUCUCUACCAGGCCGCCUGGCCCUUCUCGCCCCGAGGUGUUAUCAAUGAGUUUGUGCAAGUCCAAGCGGACCACAACCUCGUCGCACGAGAGGUUGCUCAAGAUGCCAUCACCCUGCUGAAGAACAAUGGCAGUCUUCUUCCGAUCGCGACAUCUCGUUCCAUCAAGGUCUUUGGCACUGCUGCACAGACAAAUCCCGACGGCCCCAAUGCGUGCGACUUCCGCAGCUGCAACAAGGGUGUCCUCGGCAUGGGCUGGGGGUCAGGCGUGGUCGACUACAUGUACAUUGACGAUCCCAUCGGCGCACUGCGCAAGCGUGCCGGCAACGUCGAGUACUUUGCCACAGACAACUUCCCGCGGGUGCCAACGCCCAACGCGAACGACGUGGCCAUCGUCUUCAUCACUUCGGACUCUGGCGAGAACUCCUUUACCGUCGAAGGCAAUAACGGUGACCGCAACUCCGACGGGCUUCGGGCUUGGCACAACGGCGACCGUCUUGUGAAGGACGUUGCCGCGGCUUACAGCAAUGUCAUCGUCGUUGUUCAGACUGUCGGCCCCAUUCUCGUCGAAGAGUGGAUUGACCUGCCCAGCGUCAAAUCCGUGCUCUUCCAGCACCUUCCGGGACAAGAAGCUGGCGAGUCGCUCACCAACGUCCUCUUUGGCAAUGUUUCGCCUUCGGGUCACCUUCCCUACAGCAUCACGCGUCGCGAGGAGGAUCUUCCCGAGAGUCUCACGAAGCUCACGGGCGGUUCGACCGGACAGCCGCAGGACACCUUCUCCGAGGGUCUUUACAUCGACUACCGUUAUCUGAACAAGAACGGCAUCAAGCCCCGUUUCGCCUUCGGACACGGCUUGUCUUACACAAGCUUCAACUUCACGAACCCCUCCAUCAGCGCCGUGACACAGCUGUCCCGCACUCCGCCCGCGCCCCCAUCGCGAGCCCCCGUCCUCAACUUCAACCAAGCCAUCCACCCCUGGCAGCAGGGCGUUGUGCCAGCCGGGUUCAACAAGAUUUUCCGUUACCUCUACUCGUGGUGCACCGAAGGCGAGGCCAAGCAGGCCGUCCGCGACCGUGAAGACGGCAAGAAGUACCCGUACCCGCCCGGCUACACAACGGUGCAGCCAUCCGCGGUCCCAGCCAGCGGCGCCUCGGGCGGCAACCCCCGGCUGUUCGACGUCGCGUUCCGCGUGUCGGUGACGGUGCGCAACACGGGCGCGACGCACACGGGCCGUGCCAGCGUGCAGGCGUACGUCCAGUUCCCCGACGGCGGCCCGGAGACGCCGAUUGUGCAGCUGCGCGACUUUGAGAAGACGUCGAGGCUGGCGCCGGGUGGCAGCCAGGUUGUCACGCUGGCGCUGACGAGGAAGGACCUCAGCAUCUGGGAUGUCGUGAGCCAGAACUGGAUCGUCCCGUCGCCGGGCGGGCGGUACAAGAUCUGGAUCGGCGAUGCCAGUGAUAGGCUGUUUACUGCUUGCUACACCGACACGGGCAGGUGCGAGAGCGGACUUCAGAGCCCCGUGUAA